AUGUCUCAAACACAACCAAUACAACAGUUACAACUAGUUGCUAUAAAUAUUAAAGAAGAGAGUUACUUGGAGAAAGAGCAGAGAAUCGGAAAUUUUAUACGAAACGUUCCUACUACCUUACAGAGAAAUGAAAAAAAAGGAAGAGAAAAAAAAGGAACCUUGGAUUCUAAGUUGGAGACCGAAUUGUUUGAGAAUGGAAAUAGACGGAGUGAUGAUCCCAAUUGCCACUCCAUGGGAUGUUCUUACCCUCCUUUAUACAAUCAACAUUGGCGAACCUCCAAUGCAGACUUUAUUCGAUUAUCAGAUAGAAUGGCUGUAUCGACAUUUAAAACAGUUAGCGAAGUGGAUAAUGAUUUUAGAGCCAAUGCACAUGAAGAUACAACUAUGGCCGACAGUAAUAAAUGUGGCGUGGAAAUCAAACGACAAGGAAAUCAUGAAGGUCUCGUUCAGAGCGUCGCUAGUAGAAAACAGGAGUUCCAGAAAACAAAUAGUAAAGUUUCGACAGGAAGUCGAUUUAGAGAAUCACCAUCUCUUUCCUCGGGACAAUCAUGGGAAUUUGGUAAAGAAUCAAAAGCCCUGGCUGUUCGGAAAUUAAAUACAAAAAACGAAACCAUGUUGCAGGAAUUGCAAAACGGUGAUGGCAUGCAGAACACCAAUGAUCUUGCAUCACUCAUUAGAUUAUUGAAGGAUAAAGAACAAUAUCGUGAAGAGACAAACAAAGAUGUCUUUACUAAAGGCGAGAUCUACCUCUUCACCAAAAUGUAUGGCAUUACUGAUUUCAAACUCGUGUUUGCAUACGAUGAUUCAGUCUUUUGGCUAGAAGACCAUGAUAUUAUUUAUUUUUGGUCUCGCAUAGAUGAUAGCAUGAUACGCGGAGGAAGAAAUCUGAAAGAAGCUUUAACAAAUUAUCUUUUUAAUCAAAAAAAUCUUUGUUAUGUCGAUGAGAUUACUCGCGAAUUGAUAUCAAUAGAUGCAUAUGAUUAA